AUGGAGAAUGUUAACAAAUUUUAUGAGGAAUGUGAGAAAAUCAGGACUAGAGAGGAGAUGACACAUUUGUACGAUUCGUGGAGUACAUUGUACGAGAAGGACCUGAAUUAUGCGGACUAUCGCGGUCCAUUUAUGGUUGCCAACGCCUUAGCUGUAUUAUACCCCGGACCUUGCGAGAAUGUUCACGUUCUUGAUGUUGCAGCUGGCACGGGUUUAGUUGGUGAACAGCUAGCCAAAAGGGGAUUUAUUAAAAUAGACGCUUUAGAUCCCUCUGAAGGAAUGCUUGCUAAAGCGAAAGAAAAGGACAUCUAUCAAACGCUAAUCUGUGCAUAUUUUGAUGAAAACAACUUGAUAUUGCAGCAGUACACCGGCAAACACGAACAGACAAGUCGCAAAGCCAAGGCCUACGGAUGA